AUGGCCACCACCACCGACGCCGCCCCAGUUGCGCCCGUGGAGGAAGAGAGCGCCGCCCCGGCGGCCGCCGAGGAGGAGCCGCCCAAGAAAGUCGAGGCGGCCGUGGCUACCACCGACGCCGCCCCAGUCGCGCCCGCGUCCGCGCCCGUGGAGGACGAAACCCCGGCCCCGGCGGCGGCCGAGGAGGAGCCCACCAAGAAAGUCGAGGCGGCGGCGGCGGAGGAGGUGGAGGAGGAUAGGGAGGCGCCGAAGAAGGUCUUGGCGGGUGGGGGAGAGAAGGAGGAGGAAGAGGACGUGAGAUUGGAGGGGAAAGGUGAGGGCUUUCGGGGUCCGGAGGCCGAGAACGGCCAGGCGGAGGGUGUCAGAGGAGGAUAUGAUGGCGGGGAGGUAAAAGAGGCGGAGGAGGAUGAUAAAGGUGUGAAUUUGGGAGCGGCGGAGGCCGAGAAGGAUGAUGGCGGCGAGGAACCAGCGUCGGAGGACGGGGAGGCAGCCGCUUCUGGGGCCGCGAUCGUGCCAGCGGUGGAGUCCAAGUCGGAGAACGGCGAAUUGGGGGAGGGGGAUCCUUCUCUGGCUUUCCAUGAUGCGCUGGAAGGUGAUGAGAAGGGCGAAUUGCGGGAGAAGGAGCAGCAGGAGGAGGAAAGAGGUGCUGCAGUGGAGGUAAAGGUUGUGGAUAAGGUGUCAGAUGAUGCUGAGGCGCCGGUGGCCGAAGAGGAGAAACUGGAACCGGAAGUUGAGAAGAGCGAGGAGGUAGGUUCUGGGGGUGGAGAUGGUGGUGAGUUGAGCGAUGAGAAGGAGGUUGAGGUCUCCCCUCCAAGCGAGGAGGCGGCGGAACCACAGGAUAAGGUAGCCCCUGAAGCUAAUGGUGAAUUGGGCGAUGAGAAGGAAGGAAGUGAUGAUGUGGUGGCUCUUGGAGGCGAAGAAGCCCCGGAUGAAUCGACUAACAAGGAUGCUGAUGGUGACGAUGUGGUGGCUCUGGGAGGUGAAGAAUCCCCAGAAGAAUCAACUAAGAAGGAUGCUGAUGUUGAAGAUGAAGCCACCAAGCCUGAGCCACCGAGUGAGGCGAGUCCAGUGGUAAGUGAGCAUCCUCAAUCUGAUUUUGUUGCUAGUAGUCUUGAUGCUAGUGGGGAUGUAAACAAUUCAAAUGUUACACUGACCCAGGUUAUGAAGGAUGGAAGCAUAGAGGAGCUUGCUCCUGCAAGUGCUAACAGUGUGCUUGAGGAUAGUCCUGAGAAGGAGCAGAAUGCUGAAGACCAGGCCACUGCCAGUGAAGCGGUGGAAGAUGUUGGUGUCGACAAGCCCACAGAGGUUGAGAGUGUUGCUGCGCCUAGUGCUGAUGGUAUCUUGUCUCGAGAGUUGUCUCCAGAAUCAAGCAAUGAAAAUAAUGGUGCUGAUGAGAUUGAAAGUGCCACUGAGGUUGUUGAUCGUGAAGUGGAGGCUGUUGAUAAUGACAUAAUUGAGGUUGUACCAGAUGACGAGGAUGGGGUUGGUAAUGAGGCUGACGACGAUGAUGACGGGGCGAACUCUGACACGAGUCCCGCACGGGUUGCAAUCUUAGAGAGCUCUGAUGCCGCGAAGCAGAUUAUGAAGGAGCUUGCAGAAGGCUCUAGUGGUAGUGUCUCAAGAGACUUCACCAAUAGCAUGGAUGGGCAGAUUAUGCUUGAUGAUUCUGAGGAUGACGAGGAUGAUGAUGAUAAUGAUGAUGGGGAUGAGAAGGGAUUUGAUUCUGCUGCCUUGGCGGCCCUUCUCAAAGCGGCAACCGGUGGAUCCUCAGAUGGGAAUAUCACAGUUUCUUCACAAGAUGGUUCUAGAAUAUUCACCAUGGACCGACCUGCUGGUCUUGGUUCAUCAGCCCCUUCUCUGAGGCCGACUGCGCCUCGCCAACCUGCCCGGUCAAACCUAUUCAGCUCCUCGGAGCUAGCAGUUACUGCUGACCCUACAGAAGAGAUGACAGAGGAAGAGAAGAAGCUACACGACAAGGUUGAGUUGAUUAGAGUAAAGUUUCUGCGUCUGGUUUACAGACUGGGAGCUACUCCUGAAGAAACAGUUGCAGCACAAGUGCUGUACCGUCUGAGCCUUGCUGAGGGUAUCCGACAUGGUAGGCAGACAAACCGAGCAUUCAGCCUUGAUAAUGCGCGGAGGAAGGCCUUACUUCUUGAAGCAGAGGGAAAGGAGGAUCUGAACUUCUCAUGCAACAUACUUGUUCUAGGAAAGACUGGAGUUGGUAAAAGUGCAACUAUCAAUUCUAUAUUUGGUGAAGAGAAGUCCAAAACUGAUGCCUUUAGCUCAGCAACCACCAAUGUGUGGGAAAUCGUUGGUGAUGUGGAUGGUGUCAAGAUUAGAAUCAUUGAUACACCUGGCCUUCGACCCAAUGUUAUGGACCAAGGAUCAAACAGAAAGAUUCUUGCUGCUGUCAAGAAAUAUACCAAGAAAUGUCCGCCAGAUAUUGUUCUAUAUGUGGAUCGUCUGGAUAGUCUGAGUCGUGAUCUCAAUGAUUUGCCUCUUCUGAAGACAAUUACUGCUGUUCUUGGCUCAUCCAUAUGGUUCAAUGCCAUUGUUGCACUCACACAUGCUGCCUCUGCUCCUCCUGAAGGCCUCAAUGGUGCUCCCAUGACAUAUGAGGUCUUGAUGGCUCAGAGAUCCCACAUCAUCCAGCAGUCCAUCAGGCAGGCUGCUGGAGAUAUGCGCUUGAUGAACCCAGUAGCCCUUGUUGAGAACCAUCCUUCGUGCAGGAAAAACCGUGAGGGCCAGAAAGUUCUUCCGAAUGGCCAAAGCUGGAGGCAUCAGAUGCUGCUUUUGUGCUACUCCUCAAAGAUAUUAUCAGAAGCCAACUCACUUCUGAAGCUUCAGGAUCCUAAUCCUGGAAAGCUUUUUGGCUUCCGUUUCCGCUCCCCACCUCUUCCUUUCUUGUUGUCCUCACUCUUGCAGUCUAGAGCCCACCCCAAACUUUCUGCUGAGCAGGGUGGCAAUGAAGGUGAUUCUGAUAUUGAAUUGGAUGACUAUUCUGAUGUAGAACAAGAUGAUGACGAAGAAGAAUAUGAUCAGCUUCCACCCUUCAAGCCCUUGACCAAAGCUCAGCUUGCAAGGCUCACAAAGGAGCAGAAGAAUGCUUAUUUUGAUGAGUAUGACUACAGGGUUAAGCUUCUCCAGAAGAAACAAUGGAAGGAUGAGAUCCAUGAGGUUAAAGGAGAUGAAGAGGGGAAAACUGAUCUUGAUGAUUAUGGGUAUGCAAAUAUCGCUGGUGAGAACGAUCAGGAUCCUCCUCCAGAGAAUGUAUCAGUUCCCUUACCUGAUAUGGUGCUGCCUCCUUCAUUUGAUUGUGACAAUCCCACAUACCGGUACCGCUUUCUGGAGCCAACUUCGACUGUCCUAGCAAGGCCUGUUUUAGAUGCACAUGGAUGGGAUCAUGACUGUGGUUAUGAUGGAGUGAGCGUUGAAGAGACACUAGCUAUCCUUAGCAGGUUCCCAGCAAAUGUAGCAGUUCAGGUCACCAAGGACAAGAAGGAAUUUAGCAUCCAUUUGGACUCUUCCAUCGCAGCAAAGCAUGGAGAGAAUGCAUCAUCGCUUGCUGGUUUUGAUAUCCAGACUGUUGGGCGGCAGCUUGCAUAUAUUCUCCGAGGCGAGACAAAAAUCAAGAAUAUCAAGAAGAACAAGACCACUGGAGGGUUCUCAGUAACUUUCCUGGGUGACAUUGUGGCAACUGGACUGAAGGUCGAGGACCAGCUCUCCCUUGGGAAGAGGUUGUCACUAGUUGCCAGCACUGGUGCGAUGCGAGCCCAAGGGGACACUGCAUAUGGAGCUAACUUGGAGGCACGCCUGAAGGACAAAGACUAUCCAAUUGGCCAGUCCCUCUCAACCUUGGGCCUCUCUCUGAUGAAGUGGCGCCGGGACCUUGCUCUGGGCGCAAACUUGCAGUCCCAGUUCUCCAUCGGAAGGGGGUCGAAGAUGGCAGUUCGACUUGGUCUGAACAACAAGCUGAGUGGGCAGAUCACCGUCAGGACAAGCACCUCAGAACAGGUCCAGAUCGCACUUCUGGGUCUCAUACCGGUUGCAGCCUCCAUCUACAGGAGCUUCUGGCCCAGUGAACCAUCCUUUGCUUAUUAG